CUCUGCCCAUGAUCCGCUCCCGUUCGUGUCCGUGAAGAGGUGCGACUCUACCAGCGACAGCAUGUAAAACUUCCCCGUCAGUCCCGGUGAACACAAGACCUUCAAUAAGACUGAAAAGGCUGUUGGUAACAUGGGGAAUAACUCUGGAAAAGAACGACAUGGAUCUUCAGGUACUGGUGUGGACAUGUAUGAAACACCUCCCACCUCGCCAUACAGUCUUGUUUCUACUUUGUCACCUACAUCUCAGCUGGUGUCCAUUUCCAACUGCACAAGCACAGCCACCCCAGAAACGCCUCAAGAUGCUCUCAGUCCGCCACUCAUCUCCACCAAUCAGAAUGAUUCACUUUUGGACUGCAGGACGGGGUCUCCAAAAGAAGCUAAAGAAUGUGAGAUGACUGAAGUACCUAGUCUGCUAUCUCAUUCGUCGUGUGUGUGUGUGCAUGGAGACACAGAAGUGGACGCAAAACUCCUCCAGGAGUGUUUGAACACACUGCAGCUCAACAACACUGAAGAAUCUACACACAUUCUGAAUGAUCUGUUACAAUGUUUUCUGGUGGAGAGGGAGAAGAUGAAGGAGGAAUUGAGAAGUUGUAAGGAAAAGAUUCAGGCAGAACGUGAGGAGUGGCAGCAAUUCCAGUCUGACCUGAAGGUGGCGCUAGUGGUUUCAGACAGACUGAGGGCAGAAUCUGAGGAAGAGCUAUGUUCUUUAAGAGCAACAAUGCAGGACAUGGGCACACAGCUAGCCGAUGCCUUACAGGGUCGCGAGGAGUUCAAAAGUCAAUUAGAGAGCCUCAGAGUUGAACUGGAGCAGAGCAAACAGGAAUUGAAGCAGGUCACAGGCAGCCACCAGGGGGCGCCGGUACUGAGGGGCCUAGAGAGACGAGUGGAGGGUUACGAAAAGAGCACUGGACCCCAAGAGCAACUGUGGACAGAUGAGAUUAAAGGGAAAAGAGAAAUUCGCAUCUCUGGUACUGCAGAGAGGUCAAGGAGCCUGUGCAGACUGCCCUCCAAUUGCCCUGAUGUUGUUGUAAAUGGUACUUCCCAACCCUUCAUGGCUAUGACAACAGAAUCUAGCAAGACUCAAGCAGUAAGUUUAGAGAGUCAGAGCAACAUGACCAGCUCCAUUAAAGACAAGAAAGUGGAGAAUUCACAACUACAAACAUGCAACUCUUCAGGUUUAGAUGUGACAAAUAAGAUCAACAGGACAAGGACACAGGAGGAUUUCCCAUCAGGACUCAGGUCGCUGAGGCUUCAUGGAAGUUCUAGGCGGAACUCCCUGCUUCGCUGGAGUCAAGGCAGAACUCAGGGAUACAAGAAUAUAGAGAUCACUAAUUUCAGCAGUUGCUGGGUGGACGGUUUGGCCUUUUGUGCGAUUUACCACAGUUACCUCCCCUCUCACAUACCAUAUGUCAAACUCAGUCCAGAGAACAAGAAAGAGAACCUGACGCUAGCAUUCCAGACUGGAGAAGACUUUGGGAUCUCUGCAUCACUGACAGUGGAGGAGAUGCUGAAAGAUGAUGCACCGGACUGGCACAGAGUUCUGGAAUACGUAGAGCGCAUCUACCAACAUUUUGAGAUGUGAGACUCUGUCUAGAUACAUGUCCUGAUCACUUGCACAGUCAUCACAAAUGCUUUCAAAUUUUCAUUUUGGCCUUUGAAGUAGAUCUGAAAGUUCAUCUUUUGCUGCUGAAUUUGUAUUUGAGUUUGGCUGGUUAGCAUGGCCCGCUAACCCUGCCAUGUAUUCUGACUUAUUGCAAGCAACAGAACAAGUGAAUUGCUUGUUUCAUUACUGAAGGGCUCUUAAAAGUGUCAAAUGAACUUAAAGGUGGCAUGAGACAAAGGUUGCAAUAGUCUUUCUAUUGCAGUUAUUAUAAGUUAUUGAGCUAUUAUUAGAUUAUUAGUGCACAUGAAUUAAAAAUAAUGAAAUAAAUAAAUAAUUAUGUGCAUGGAUACGGCAUUAUACUGCAAUGUUCCAUAAAAAUACAAGAAUUGUCCAUUUUUCAUGGUGACUCUGUGCUUUCUUGUUGUGUCAUUAAUCAAUCAAUUGUUGUGCCAUUAAUCAAGCAUUUACUGCUCAGUUAAUUAGCUCAUAAUUGAUGUGCCUAGAACUGAGAACACAAAACAAACAGGUUGCAUACUUGUGGGGGUUCUGCAUUCAUCCCACUCAGAUGAACUGGAAUGCUAUUUGAUGUCCUAGUAGUAUUAUGGAGCUCCUGAGCAAAACUCCCAAAGAAGAGCGGCGUGUUUUGAGUUUGGUGAGGAGUGACCUGUUUUUAUUAUUGCUGCUUUCUGCCCUCUACUGGUUUUCAUGUGGAACUUUUUUUUUAUUCAGAUACAACACGACAUGAACUACGUUGUAAAUCACAAAUAACAGAAAUCAUUACUUCUGUAUGUGUGCCAUAUUUUAUUCUCUGUGAUAUUAAAAGUCUGGAUAAGGAACAAAGCUGAUUCAUUCAGCGCCUGUAAUAUCCUGUUCUGUUACGUUGCGUAGGAAGUAAGAUUUCAAAGACAAUUAUUAAUAAAUAACUAUUUUUAUUUA